AUGGAUGUAAGAGACAAGGACUUGUGUUAUAAGAACAAUGUGUCAGUUGUGGCAACAUGUAGUGUUCUAAAGAAGGAAGUUAGACCUUCUGUCAGAUUUGCCUUUCAAAUAAACUCAAUAUUUGUAACAGACAAAUCAAGGGAAGUAAGCAAUGAAUCCCACUACAUAAGUCAACAUGAGUUCUUGUUCUUUAAAGGGGGAGUGUAUGCCAUAGCUUGUUUUGCUAGAAAUUCACAGUUUCCAGAGAUCUUCAACUCAACAGCUUUCACAUUGGAAAUACAAGAACCCCCAUUCAGACCUAUUAUAGAGCUGAACAGAAUAAACUGGCUGAGUACAUACAGCACAGAGGAAUCAACAUCUUUUCAACUAGAUGAAGGAAUGUUUAGUAUAAACUGCUAUGCCAAAGGUGGGCACCCAGCAGUACAGAAUGUCAGACUGUCAUGCAGCCAAGAGUUGAUAUCCUUAUCUGGUGGACAAGACACCUACCUGAAUGUAUCCAGAAGUAAAAACAACAUCACUUGCACUUGUGAAGCUUCACAUAUCACUCAAUGCUACAGCAACACUACAGACCUUCACAUUUAUGUUCACUAUUAUCCCAGGAUAAAAUCCUUCCUAGUGAAUGGAAAAAGUAGUAGUGCAGCAACACUGAACAAAUCAUCUGUUCUUAAUUUAACUUGUGAAGCAGAGGGCAACCCACCCCCUACAUUGAUGCUCUACUUAGAUCAGUCCCGGAGAGUGCCACUACAGCAGUCAAACAACGCAACUUUGGUGUGGGAGAAAGUUGUUGGUUGUUAUGACACUGGUGUUUAUUUUUGUCUGGCAUCUAGAAAUAGUGUGGAAUUCAAGAGAAGCAUAAAUAUUUCAGUUUUGUGUCCUCUAAAGCUAAAAUAUCCUGGAACAAAUGCAUCAACUUAUUAUGGAAGGACCCAUGAAGACUUUUCCAUUCAAAUUGAAUUCUUUGGUUAUCCAGGCCCGAAACAAUUUUGGCUGAUUAAAAAUCUAACUGACAGAAUGGAAACAAACCAGGAAAGUGAUACAAACUCAUCUUAUAAAAUAGAAUAUAAACAUGAAGUACCACCAUAUGGAACAAUUGUUUUAACUAUCUUCAACCUCCAGAAGUCAGAUUUUACAAAUAUGAGUGUUUAUAUUGACAACAGUCUUGGAGUUCUUGUGUACAGUUUCUCCAUUAUUGAAGAUACUGAGCAAGAGAAUAAAGGUGUGAUCAUCAUUGCUUCAAGCAUUAGCGCUGUAGCUUUAAUUCUUGCAACUGUUGCAUUGUGGAUUUUUAAAUGCCCAAAAAAGACAAAGAAAGUUACAAGUGGUCAACCUGUUAUAGAAAUCAAACAAUUGGAUGUAUCAAUAGAGGAAAUCAACAACCCAUAUAUUGAUGUCAUUGAUCCAUAUGAGAUGAUCAACAAUGAUUAUGAUGUUAUUGAAACUCAAAGUCAAAAAUUUCAAAUAGAUAGCUUCUAACAACAUCCUUUUCACUAAAUGUUUAACCUAAAUUGACAACAAAUGAAAUUAGCCUACAUCUGCUUUAC